CCCCGGGGAAUCCUGCUCACUCCUCAGCUUCCCAGGGAACUGGCUGCUUCUGCAGCGAGAGGCUGGAUUUGCCAGACUGUUGCCUCGUCCUCUGCUCCUUUCACAGCGCCCCGUUCUGGAUUCUAACAGCUCGAGGACGGUGUGGACCGCAGCCUCUCCCCUGGUCGGUCUCUUCUCCAUCACGGGGCUGGUUGUGCUCACGUCUCAGGUUCUUGGGCUCCCGCCUGGGCGAUGCAGCAAGAACGCCCUUGUGCGUGUAGGUCUGUGUCCUGCCUCUCUAUUCCCAGGAAACGCUCCGGGCACCUCAGGCUUGUCGUUGCUGCCUGAGCCUGGCCGGGAGGCGUCGGGCCAGGAGGCCUGUUCCACGUCCGCAGGCCGGCUCUUCCCAGUGGGCGGUGUCCUGGGGAUAGCAAUCCCCGACAUCUCAGAGAAUCGUCAGGGGUGGUGCAUGCAUCCGCCCGCUCCCCCCCCCCCCCCCGCUUCUGCUUAGUGCCCUUUGGCCUGUUGGCCUAAGGGGUGGUGGGUGUGUGUCCAACAGAAACAUCAGGAUUUGGUCCCCACUUCCCACCAGCCCCCCUCUCCUGCACCCGGCUUCCCGGGACUGGCUCCCUUUCCGCCACGGCCUGCCCGGCGCCCCCUUCCUUACGCAUCAGCAGGUGUCAGCUGGCUUUGAUUCUUGCACGUGUUCCUGUUAAGGAAAACUAGCAGACGCGCACACAAACACGCUUAGCAAUGUGCGCUUGGACACGUAAGGAAGCGAUCACACCCGGUUGUGGUGAUGUGGGGAUGUGUGAGCCUGGCCCCCAGCAGGUGUACAACCACACCGGGAUUGUUCAUCCCCUGCAGGCGACGGCGGCUCAAGGCGGCCCCGUGAGGGACUGCUGCUCAGAGCCGUCGGGCCUCGUCUUCCAGAACUCUCUUGAGGGGAUCAGUCCCGUGAGAUUUCCGGCUCUUUUCUGUCGCUCAGUCCUGUCAUCGUCCACCUGAUCUCAUCUAGAAAAGGCUUAACAGCGUGGCAUCUGGUCCUGGGACCACAGGCAGCCUGAGGGAGGUGGGACCGUGGUUUCUCACCACAGGCCUCUGCUCCUGGUCUCGGCCUGACUUCACUCCUGAUUUUACUUCCAUUUUGCAUGUUUUAGCGGGCUGAUGUUUCUUUAAAACCUCCGUGCUCAGGAUGCGAAUCCGUCACCUUCCAAUGCUUGCGGCCCCGGAGUCUGUGAGGUCGGGACUCUGUGUGUCUCUACACUGCUGUGAGGCGUGGCACAGCCACUUCCGUUUUCCUAACAAAGUCACAAUGUUGCACGUCUACACAGAGGGACGAAAGCACAGCACCUGUUUUCUUCCCUCCUCCGGCCGUUGCACGUUUCGGAUCAGCCUGGACGCCACCCUGGAUGGCCUGACAGGUCAGGGUCGUGGACGUCCUGCUCAAGGCCAUCAUGCGCACCAUGUGGUUUGCCGGAGGCUUCCACUGGGUGGUGGUGAAGGGGCAGCAGGCCCCACCCUCUGAGGCUGCCAUCCUCACUCUGGCGCCCCAUUCCUCCUACUUCGACGCCAUCGCUGUCACCAUGACGAUGUCCUCCAUUGUGAUGAAGGCAGAGAGCAGGAACAUCCCAAUAUGGGGAACUCUGAUAAAGUACAUCCGGCCGGUGUUCGUGUCCCGGUCGGACCAGGAUUCCCGCAGGAAGACCGUGGAGGAGAUCAGGAGGCGGGCACAGUCGAACGGAAAGUGGCCGCAGAUCAUGAUUUUUCCAGAAGGAACAUGUACUAACAGGACGUGCCUAAUUACCUUCAAGCCUGGUGCGUUCAUCCCAGGAGUUCCUGUCCAGCCUGUGGUUCUGCGGUACCCGAACAAACUGGACACCAUCACGUGGACGUGGCAAGGACCUGGAGCGUUGAAAAUCCUGUGGCUCACGCUCUGUCAGUUUCACAAUCGAGUGGAAAUCGAGUUCCUUCCCGUGUACAGCCCCUCGGACGAGGAGAAGAAGGACCCGGCCCUGUAUGCCAGCAACGUGCGGCGCGUCAUGGCAGAGGCCCUGGGCGUCUCGGUGACCGACUACACGUAUGACGAUUGCCAACUGGCCCUGGCGGAAGGCCAGCUCCGUCUCCCCGCGGACACCUGCCUUCUCGAGUUCGCCCGGCUGGUGAGGGGCCUGGGGUUGAAACCAGAAACACUGGAGAAAGAUCUGGAUAAAUACUCCGACCGGGCCCAGACGCAGGGGGGACGCAGGGUGGGCCUCCCCGAGUUCGCCGAGUACCUGGGCGUCCCCGUCUCAGACACACUACAAGACCUGUUCUCCCUGUUUGAUGAGAGUGGAGAUGACACAAUGGAUCCUCGGGAAUAUGUCGUCGCCCUGUCCGUCGUCUGCCGGCCGUCCCGGACUCUGGACACCAUCCAGCUGGCAUUCAGGAUGUACGGGUCACAGGACGGCUGCAUCGAUGAAGGCGCCCUGUCCAGCAUCCUCAAGACCGCCUUAGGCGUGGCCGAGCUCACCGUGACCGACCUCUUCCGGGCCAUCGACGAGGAGGAGACGGGGAGGAUCACGUUUGCCGACUUCCGCAGGUUUGCAGAAGCGUUCCCCGACUUUGCAGAGGAGUACCUCUACCCUGACCAGACGCGUCCUGAGAGCUGCCCACAGACGCCCCCAGCUCCAGCCCCCAACGGCUUCUGUGCUGACUUCAGCCCUGAAAACUCGGGCGUUGGGAGGAAACCUUUCCGGAAGAAACUGGACUAGGAUGAAGGUUUCUGGCAAGAUGAGGCGUCUCCGUGGCCCAGUCACCACCCGCCUCCACGUGGCCGUGCGCCCGCCGGCCUCAGGCCCAUCCACAAGACUCGGGCUCGCCACCCUGCUCCUCCGUGGACAGCCCCGCGUGAGGGAGGCCGCGUGGCCGGGUGCCUGUCCCCGUCGCCCGGACCAUCCUGGCUCGUUUCCACCACGGUCUCUGCCACGUCCCCGUUCGUGUCCCUUCUCGGCGGCUCGCCCGGCGGACGGGCCUCCACGUGCACGCGCGACACACGCUUGAGGCCAGGGCGCGUCAUGCGCGUUUCCAUCCCAGCACAGACCGUCCGCCGACCUUGGGGGUCGCAGGCUGGCUGGGCCGCAUCUAAUUUUAAACGUUUCUGUAUCUGUGGGCGCUCGCGGGCGUUUUAUAAACUUCGUUCAGAUACUUCGGGAAGCUCACAGCGUUUUUAAAAAGAAAAACAAAA